GUGUGGGCGGGGUUUAAUCAUCUUAAGGGCAGGUUGUUUGUCUCACCUGAGCAGUGAACAUCAGUGCGCGAGAACAACUCCGCAAACAGAAUGUCUUCGAGGCCGAACGGGAGUCCUCCGCCCUAUGAUUAUCAUACAGAGGAUGGAUAUAAUGUUGCCCCGCAGCCUGCGUAUUCGUACUAUCCUGACGAGGAGUUCCAGCAUUUCUACCGCUGGACGUCUCCGCCGGGCAUCAUAAAGAUCAUGAGCGUCAUGUCAAUCAUCUUCUGCGUGGGCAUCUUUGUAUGCGUGGCCUCGACGCUGGCCUGGGAUACGGAUGCAGGAGCAGCUGGAUUCGGUGGUUAUGGAGGUUCUUAUGGAGGAGGCUCAUAUGGCAGCUACGGUGGAGGAGGCUCAUACGGCAGCUACGGAAUGGGUGGCUAUGGAAUGGGUGGAUCCGGAGGUUACGGAGGCUACGGUUACGGGAUCCUCGGCUCUCAGAACGACCCCAGGCAGGGCAAGGGUUUCAUGAUCGCCAUGGCCAUCAUCACCUUCAUCAUUCUGCUCGUCAUCUUCAUCAUGAUCAUCUCGCACCAGAAAGUGGCUCAGGGAAGGAAGUUCUACCUGGCCGUCAUCAUCAUCAGCGCCAUCAUGGCUUUCCUCAUGUUAGUUGCCACCAUAGUCUAUCUGGUGACUGUUUACCCAAUGGCCCAGUCGUCCGGAUCGGUUCAGUUCAAUCAGGUUUACGCCAUGUGUGCCGCUUACCAGCAGCCUCAGAUGACGGGUGGGUUCGUGAACCAGUAUCUGUAUCACUACUGCGUGGUGGAUCCUCAGGAGGCAAUCGCUCUUGUUUUGGGCUUCAUUGUCACCGCGGCCCUCAUCAUCAUCAUGGUUUUUGCCAUUAAAACCCGUCAAAAGAUCAAUCAUCACGGGAAGGACAACAUCCUGUGGCGCCAUGUGAAAGAAAUUGGUGAUCAAAACUCGCCGCAGGAUGUAGAGGAUUGGGUGAAUGAUGUGAAUGGAGUCCCUGAGCCGCUGCUGGCUGACUAUCCCAUGAAGGCUGGAGGGUCUAGAAAUGAUCUAGAUGACAACAGCACAAAUUAUGACAAACCUCCUUACAGUGAAAGUCCUGUGGAGAUUGAGCACAAUGUGCCCAUCCGUAGUUCAGUCCCGCUGAGCAGCGGAUCAGAGAUGAACAGCUCUGCAGGACGGCCCAAGAAACGGCGCGCUGGACGCCCGCGAACUGCUGACGGACGGGAUCACGACACGGACUACGCCUCCUCUGGAGAUGAGCUGGACGACGAUGACUUCUCCAGUGAAUUCCCUCCCAUUAUUAAUAAUGAAGAGAGAGAACAUUACAAACGCCUGUUUGACGAAGACCAUCAGGCGUACAAGGAGCUCCAGGCAGAAAUGGACCAGAUCAACAAGCGUCUGGCUGAAGUGGACCGGGAGCUGGAUGACCUGCAGGAGGGCAGUCCUCAGUUCCUGGACGCCAUGGACGAGUACAACUCGCUGAAAGACAAAAAGAGGAGCGGCGAUUACCUGCUGAAGAAGAAGCGCUGCAAGCACCUGAAGGCCAAACUAAGCCACAUCAAAAGAAUGGUCAGCGAUUACGACCGGAGGUCCUGAAGAUCAUUCCCAUCACAUUAGAGAAGAGCGAGCUUCUGGACAGUAUUGUGACGGCACAGAUGUGUUGGUGUCUGUCCAGAUGUGUGGGUCGUUGCCACUCGUGAGCUGGGCUGUGUUGCUUUCUGGACAUUUGAUUGAUAACGCAUGUAAAUAUUCAAGGCAUUCGGAUUCGUAUUGCUCAGUGCAAUAUUUUCCCAGAAUCCUUCAUGAACCACUUUUAAAAUCAGGUUUAACUAAUGACUAAAUCCUCAUCAGUUCUGUAGUUUUUUUGCUGCAAAUGUCCAAUUAGCUGUUACAGAUUUAACAUGAACUUGUUGGUGUUUCAGUACAGCGUGUUUGUUUUAUAAUGGGUUUUUUUUCUUGGUGGGUAAAAUACUGUGCCAAAUAAUUUUACCAGGUGGGUGGUUUGAACUCUUGAUAACUAGUAUGUCUGUAUAAAUCAAGCUGUGAUCAGUUACAGGUUAGAGAUAGCCUAAAAAUUUAAUAGUCUUUUAAGCUAUAUUUAUGCCAUUUUAAAAAACUUUUUACAUGCUGGUAUGUAAAUAUGUAAUUUAUAUGUUCAACCAUGUGAUUUCUUUUAAUUGUUUUUGACAACUAAUAAAAUCAUUUUUAAUGCCAUAAUAAAAUUGACCACACAUUUACUAGUACAUUGAGUGUUUGUGGUUUCUGAAUGGAUGUCAAUUAAAAUCCACAAAAAAGCUAUUAAACCAGUUUCUUUAAUUUUAGACAUCAAAACAAUGUCUGUCUGUCACAAAGAAAGGUUCCUGUUUCUUUUAGUAAUGCACCGAAUUUCAGCAACUGAAAAUGAAGAUGUCGGCACCGUCGAGUUCGACUUGUGGAUUUUUAUCGAUCUUCAUAGCAAUAAGAUUUGUUACUUUUGAUAUGAAACCAAGUCUGAGCUUCAAAUUUCUCAACUUUUUAAAGAAAAUCGUGAUAAAUCGCUGUAGCGCCUCCGUUCAA